AUGUACGAGGUAUUAUCAAAUAUCAUGGCAAACUUACCGACUUGGAGUAGAAAUAGAGUAAAUGAUUUAUACUGUCUCUUGAGAGUAUUCAGUUUGAAAAGAUUCUUCGUUUCCUACAGAACAGCCUUUACAAGGCAGUCUCGGAUCGUUUUGGAAGCUACGAGUGUUCUCCAUGAAAGCAGGCUUUUGUUCCGUUAUUCGACGGCUUAUUUCCUCAAGGCAGUUGAAGAGUGCAUUCGUACAAUCGACAUCUUCGGAGAAGAUGGUAUGAAUGGCCAAUUGGAGUGGUUCGACUUGAGCAAAAGCAGACUGGCGGUUUUGAGAUCCCUGCAACACAUGGUCAUUUCAGAUGGGGGCGAGGAUCGCCGCCAUAUGGCAUAUCUAGCUGUCCAAGUGACUUUGGGUGGGAAGAAACGAAGAAAAAAGGGCGCAAACUUGGAUCCAGCAGCUGAGAAACACCGCACUUUGCUGCGUGUAUCGUUUCUGGUAGACAGUCGGAAAAUCCAUGUUUCUGGUACUGUUUGAGUCCCAUGUCAAGUCUUGCGUAACUACAACCCCUUGACACCAAAUGUCAGCCAUACGAAUCCUCCAGCUCGGACGAGACUUUUAAAGGAAUGGAAAAACUUCUCUGAUGCCGACUCAUCCGCAAAAAAAUCGGUACCGCAUUAUUUUAUCAGUGCAAGUAGUUGUUUUAUUUCGCGAUAUGUCGUAGGGGUGCAUCGGGUCUGGGUCCCGUUCUGUCAUCUUGGGCCUUUUCCAGGAGUCCCACUUGGCGUUCAACGACAACGGUCUCUGGCAGAAAGGCU